GCGUCACUCACCAUUCUUCCCAUAGUUAAGCCAUGGGACGGGGAAUAACUCGUCGUACAUAUCACCAUGUCCUUGCUUGGCUGCGAGCCCCUGCGAGCUCUCGUUGCUACUGUCUCGGCUGCUCUGAUCUGCUGUGUUUUGCUCUACGCCCGGUUUACACGAGCGAGUGACCUGCCUCCGGGUCCUCGCCCUCUUCCAUUCAUAGGCAAUAUCCAUCAGGUCCCGAUAGAUGAUGCAGAGAGAACAUAUGCUAAAUGGAGCAGUCAAUACGGAGAUAUCAUCUUCCUCAAACUAUUCACGCGGCCGACGUUGAUCGUCAACUCUACAGCGGCCGCCAGAGAACUUCUGGAGAAGCGAAGUGCGAAGUACUCCGACAGGCCACCGUUUGGGUGGGGAGACAUCAUUGGAACCCAACGGAUGGGCGAGCGACUCAGAAAACAUCGGCGAUGGAUCCAUUCGACAUUCUUUGCCAGAGGCGCGCUCGAUCAAUUGACGCAAGCCCAGUCAAGGGAAAUUCGAACCCUUCUCCGAGGUCUCGUGUAUAAACCAGAACAAUAUGUGGCCCACUUGCAUAGGUUCACGUCUUCCAUUGUCCUGGAAGCACUCUACGGACACGCAAUUACAUCCGAUGAUGACGAGUAUCUCACCUACGCGGAACGAGCUCUGAAAGGUACGACGGAAGUUACGACGCCUGGUGCCGCAAUUGUAGACUUCAUUCCGUUCUUACGUCAUGUCCCUGCAUGGUUUCCGGGUGCAGACUUCAAGAGGCAGGCAGCAAAGACGAAGGCUGCAGUGCAGCUCGCGCACACGAAGCCAUACGAGCUGGUUGAGAGACUCAUGGCUUCGGGAGACGAGAAACCAUCGCUAGUUAGGUCUCUUAUUGAGCAGUGUACGGCGAAGGGUACGCUGGCUGAAGAACGAUAUGACAUCAUGAACGUCGGGGCAAUAACCUAUGUCGGUACACAGACACAAUCCGUGUUGCUAAACUUCAUGUUAGCUGCGGUCCUUCACCCUGAAGCAUACGUCAAAGCUCAAGAGGAAAUCGACCGCGUCGUUGGCAACGAUCGCCUACCGGAUCUUAGCGACAGGAACUCACUACCAUACCUGGAGUGUAUGCUAAGAGAGGUUUAUCGAUGGAAUGCCCCCGUACCUCUAGGUAUUCCGCAUGCACUCAGUGAAGAAGACACGUACCGAGGUUACCGCCUGCCCAAGGACUGCAUGAUCCUUACGAACCUCUGGUGCAUGACUCAAAAUGCGGAGCUCUACCCCGACCCGGAGACAUUUCGCCCGGAACGCUUCUGGGGUCUAUCUGAGGAGGAUUUGGAGGAGCUGUGUCCUAGCAACAUCGUUUUUGGCUACGGCAGGCGGAUUUGUCCGGGUCGCCGAUUUGCUGAUAGGAGUAUCUGGCUGUCUAUGGCCGCUAUGAUCGCUACUUUGGACAUACAGAAAGCCCGCGAUGCGUCGGGCGGGGAGAUAACUCCCCCGAUGUCCUUCACUUCUGGCUCAGUAAGUCAUGCCAAGGAGUUUGUAUGCUCCAUCAAGCCUCGCGCUGCCGCUGCGGGCCUGAUAGCCAGUUUCGCCACAUCGACGACAGCCUUCACCUAAGCUCUGCUAUUCGGUGGGACCGACGGACCUGUUAACCGUGAGUCUGUCCAGAAAUGUUAUACUCAUAGUAAUUCAAAUGGCUGGUAGUGACGGUUGUGCUUCUGGAGUGCUCCUGGAUAGGUAACUUCGCUGACGCACUGCCCUUUUCUGCAUAUUCUGCAUAUACGAUACUUACAUGAGACGGACCGAGGCGCCCAAUACGGAUCGCGCACGCAUGUGCUGCUAGUGCGGUGAUAACUGACCUCAUCAAUAGUAGGGAGCUCGGGGAUACCAUUACCUCUCGCAGUCGUGAAUAUGCCGUUUAGUACCACUAUCACCGCUCGGGCGCAAAGUCUCUGCAUGAGUUGACGGUAUGAGUUGUCAUCUGCUCCCUGUUCAAGCACGGUAUC